CUGACUCUCAAAAACGACACCUCCUGCUUCUGUGCUCGCAUCUGGCUCUUCCGCACUCUCGCUGCAAAUGGCAAGGAUGAACUUCUCCGUGGCUGCCUUAGCACUUUUCCUGGUCGCCGGUCUCUUAUUGCAAUCUCAGGCUCAGCCCAAUGCACAACACUCUCCACACUGCCCUACGUUCACAGGAAAGCCCGUUCCGCUGAGGCUGCUGAAGUCUUAUGAAGUCCUCAGCAGGCACAACCCCCCAGCUGUUUUGUUUUACACUAAAAAAAACAGGCAGAUUUGUGCUGAUCCCAAACAGCAGUGGACCCAGGACCGCAUGGACAAGCUCUCAGAAAAUGGACAUCAGGAAAACCCCUGAAAUACGCGUCAAGGGGAUGGGGGAAGGCCACAUUGGACAUCUAUCCCAAUACCUGCACUUUCAUGACUCUAAGAUGUUUACUUGUAAAGUUCAACUAAUAUUGUAUUUAAAUUAUAGCUGAUUGUGUAUUUUUUAAAAAUACGUAUUUUUUAUAAAAGGGGGAAAGUUUUCGUGAUGUGAUGCCACAAAGGUUUGACUUGUGAAUA